AUGCGUUCUGGGAACCAGCAUUACAUUGUAGCUCGACCAGCCUACUCUGAAGUCAGCUUCAAAGAACAAAAUCAGCAAGUGGAGCGGUAUCACAAAACAGCCCAGGACCAUUUGAGGGCUUAUUUUAGAUGUUCAACUGCAAAGGCAAAGAGGAUCUUUUACACGUUCCUUCCCAUCGCAUCUUGGCUGCCAGGGUAUAAUGUGAAAGAAUGGCUUCCUAACGAUAUCGUGUCUGGUGUUAGUACUGGGCUUGUGAGUGUUCUACAAGGGUUGGCCUUUGCUCUGCUAGUUUCGGUACCUGCUGGUUAUGGGCUAUAUGCCGCCUUUUUCCCUGUCUUGACAUACUUUUUUUUGGGAACAUCGAAACAUUUAUCAGUUGGUCCCUUUCCAGUGGUGAGUUUGAUGGUGGGCACAGUAGUGAACAGGCUGGUCACUGAUGGUGAUACAGGUGUGAAUAAUACUCUUUUCCCUGCUGAUAUGAGUGGAGAGGACAGACGGGUCUGGGUUGCUGCAUCUGUUACUAUCCUCACUGGGAUCUUUCAGCUGGCACUUGGAUUACUUCAAGCUGGUUUUAUUGUCAUUUACUUGUCGGACCCAAUGAUUUCGGGCUUCACCACAGCUGCUGCAAUUCAUGUCCUGGUCUCUCAGCUCAAGUUUGUCUUGCAGUUGAGUGUCCCAGGAUUCAGUGGGCCACUUUCUGUCAUUUACACACUGAAGUAUAUUAUCAAUCAUAUCACGGAAACAAACAUCGCUGACCUCGUCAUUUCACUCAUCAUCAUGGCUGUUGUAUUUAUUGUUAAAGAACUAAAUGAUCGAUUCAAGGCAAAGCUCCCUGUACCAAUCCCCAUUGAGGUUAUAAUGACAAUAAUUGCAACAGGUGUCUCAUACGCAUUCAACUUCAAAGAAAAAUAUAGUGUCGACAUUAUUGGAAACUUAACGAGUGGCUAUCAGAGCCCUCUCACUCCCAAUACCGCAGUCUUUCAACAGAGUUUUGGUGAUGCCUUCUCGAUCGCUAUUGUUGGUUUCGCUGUUGCAUUCUCUGUGGCCAAAGUUUACGCCAUCAAACAUGAUUACGUUCUAAAUGGAAACCAGGAAUUAGUGGCUUUUGGAAUCAGUAAUAUGUUUUGUGGAGCAUUUCGUGGUUUUGCAGGAAGCACAGCACUGUCUCGAACCGCCGUUCAGGAAAGCACAGGAGGUAAAACACAGAUUGCUAGUCUGAUAUCUGCUGUGAUGGUGAUGAUUGUAACCCUGGCCAUUGGGUUCCUUCUUGUCCCUCUACCCAAGUCAGUUCUAGGAGCUCUUGUUAUCAUUAAUUUGAAAGGAAUGUUAUUGCAAUUCAGAGAAAUUGGAAUUCUGUGGAAGAAAGACAAGUAUGAUUGUUUGGUUUGGAUAAUCGCUUUCAUUGCAGCAGUUCUGCUUGGACUUGACAUCGGACUUGGCGCAGGUGUAGGAUUUGAGCUGCUGACUGUUGUGUUCAGGACACAGUUUCCACAAUGUUCCGUGUUGGCAAAUAUUAAUGGAACAGACAUCUACAGAAACAGGAAAGACUAUGUCAAUAUUUAUGAGCCUGAAGGAGUGAAGAUCUUUAGAUGCCCUUCACCAAUUUUCUUUGCAAAUGUAGACUUCCUUAGGACCAAGCUAAUUGAUGCUAUUGGGUUUAAUCCACUCCGAAUCCUCCGCAAGAGGAAUAAAGCUCUUCAGAAGAUCAAAAAAAUGUUGCAGAAAGGAGAGUUAAUGGUCACAUCAAAAGGCUAUAUUCAAACUACAGAUGGAAGUUAUGAGAGCAACUCAGAAAAUAAAGAUAACAACAGUAUUGAAGACCUGGAUAAAGCAACGGAUAUGAAAGAGCUACCGAUGAAGAUAGAUUGGAAAUCUUGUCUUCCACCUGGCAUACAUAUUCCCAGUGUGGAAAUACAUAGCAUUGUCCUUGACUUUGCUGCAGUUUCUUUCCUGGAUGUGUCUGCUAUGAAAGGCUUGAAAUCGAUCUUGAAAGAAUUUGUCAGGAUUGAGAUUGAUAUCUACAUCGCUGCUUGUGGUAAUUUAAUCCUGGACAAAUUAGAACGAUGUGGAUUUUUUGAUGACGAAAUCACUCCAGAUAUAUUCUCCCUUACAAUCCAUGAUGCUAUGCUCUGCAUAUUGGAUAAACAUGGUCCCAGUAAUUCUGUGAGCUUCAUAUAUGACAAGUUUCAGUUUCCUCAGAAACCUAAAGUCACAGCUUCAUUUCCCAGAAAUCUGAAGUUUCAGUUCUCCUUUCAGUUCGGGUCUGACAAAAACAAAAGAACCAAAAAAAAAGCUUUGAAACCAAGAAAAGCAACUAAAUGGAGGAAGUGCAUUUAUUCCUUCAAAGAAGAGCCAGCUGAGGAUCUGGUUGACAAUAGGAAUGAAGGGUUAAAGAGAGAGAUAAUCAUUGAACCUGUGCCCAUUGCCAUGAAUGUUUCCUGUAGAGAGCAACAGCCUGAAGUUCAGUGGGUAAACGGGACCAAGGAAACAUUAAAUUCUGAAGGAGAGUUAAAAAAGAGGACCUGUUUGGUGCAAUUGGAUACACAGUUCUGA